AUGGCGGCCGCCAAGGCGGCCAUGGCCUCGGCAUCGCAGAAGGCGCGCGAAGCGCAAAAGAAGGAGGCACAAGUGGAGCAGGAGAAGAAGGAGCUUCGUGAGCAGGGAAAGGAGGAGAAGCGUAAAGAGAAGGAGGUGCGACCCGACAUGACACAGGAGCAGGAGAAGCUGGACAAAGAAAAGUCUGCCCUCCAAAAAGAGAGGGAGCAAUUGAAUGGCCUAAAGAAAGAAGCAGAGGAGGAGCUCCGGAAAGCUCGUAAAGCCACGAAUGACGCAGAGUGGGCUCAGACAGAUGCCUUGGACAAGUUGAAGAGAGGCAUGCUGAAGCGCUCUGCGGCCAAUGAUGAUGAAGCUGCAAAGGUGGAAACCAAAGCACGGCAGAGCUUCCAGGAGGCACGAAAGCAGAAGGAGGAAGCUAUUGUGGCAGAGAAAAGCUAUCGGCAAAAAGCCGUGCAGGCUAAAGCUGCACAAGCAGCUGCGUGGAAGCAGCAAGCCAAAGCCGAGGCCAUGGAACGAAGGCGUCAAGCAGAGCUGGAUGCGUUGCAGGAGGAGCAGAAGUCAAUAGCCAAAGACAAAGCAAAGCUGGAAGAGGAACUCGCCAGUGUUCAGCAAGCGAG